AAGAAGAAGAAGUGGGAGUUCGACGUAAAGAAGCUUGCUGCCGCAGCAGAGUCAAGCAUUGGUCGCUUGGGAGUUUUCGUCACUAUGUAUUCAAUGUUUACUGUGAAAAACAUUCGCGAAUUAACAUGUUUGUUGGCUCAGAUUUGUACUCUAAGCCUGUCAAUGACAGAAGCCCAGGAUUUUAUGGAGGACUUUUUAAAACGGGAAUAUUCUCUGGUAACGCCUUACCGUGGGUUGGGCUUGUCAAGCUCUUCAUUGUGGGAUCUGAAGGGUACUGCUAUAGUGACAGUUGACCAUGUGAGGCUCACCGCGGACCAGCCAGGUAGACAGGGCGCUGUCUGGAGUCGAAUUCCUUUGCUGUUACGUGACUGGGAAUUUAAGGUGCACUUUAAAAUCCACGGGCAAUCAAAGAAGAAAAUGAAUGGAGAUGGUCUUGCCAUCUGGUUAACCAAAGAGCGCAUGCAGGAAGGGCCUGUUUUUGGCAGCAGAAAUGAGUUCACUGGCCUUGGAGUAUUUGUGGACACUUAUCCCAAUACUGGAAACUAUGAUAGGGUUUUCCCUUAUGUGUCAGUGAUGUUGGGGAAUGGGACUCUGUCUUAUGACCACAAUAAGGAUGGACACCCCACUGAACUUGGAGGCUGCUCGACUAAGGCCCGAAAUGCAAGACAGGACACAUUUCUGCUUAUCAAAUACACCAAAAACAGAUUGACGGUCAUGAUAGAUGUCGAUGGUAAACAGAUUUGGAAAAACUGUGUCGACAUCCCGGGUCUACAUUUGCCUAAAGGCUAUUACCUUGGGGCCUCAUCUGCCACAGGAGAACUCUCAGAUAACCAUGACAUCAUCUCAAUGAAGUUGUACGAGCUGACAGUAAAGAGAGACCCAGAAGAGGAGCUGCUCAUCCCAAGGGUUGACCACGGCAUGGGGCCAUUCCAAGUGGAAAUCGAAGAGGAGCAGAUGAGUGGAGUCCAGCUCUUCUUUACCCUGCUCUUCACCAUCCUGGGCCUGGGUGUGCUGGCAGUGGUCGGGUUAAUAGUUUACGGGCGCUGGAAGCAAAACAAACGCAAACGCUUCUAUUGAUGAAAACUGAGUCCUGCCACACAGGUUUUAAGAGCAGACGUUUUGUGGUUGACACAGCCCGCAAUACAAAAGACAGUCAUAACUUUACCAUACCGUACAAGCUAAUGAACAAUGAGUCUGAACCCUGUAGCUAUUAAUGGGUGCCAGGUGAAAUUAUGAACCAGCUAUGAAAGGUGUAGUUGAGAGCUGCAAUUAGAUAAAGCUGUUUUACUGUAGAAGAUAACUUCAAUAGCACUAUAAUUGAUAUGCUGUGAAAUGACAAUGUGGUCACAUUUCCACCUACAGAAAUAUAUAACACAAAAAAUCCAAACCAAUCCCUGAAUCAGAUUCUGUGCAAUUAGGUAGCAGUAUGGGUAUAGUGGCAAAUGGAAAAAACUUUCACAUUUUAUAAAUGUAUGCCGCCAUCUAGUGGUUAUGAAAUAGCUGUACACUUUCAUUCCAAAAUGCCAUCGCCACCUUGUGGUUAUAAAAAAAAAGUGUAGCCUACACUUUCAUUCCAAUAUGACAGGGGUACGUAUGACUGCAUAUAUGUACAGUUGUGCUCAUUAAGUUUACAUACCCUGGCAUAAUUUCUGAAAUGUUUUUGAUUAAAUAUGACUGAUGACAGAACAACAACCAUCAGUAAUUUAUUUACAGUUAUGUUUUGUUUAAUGAUAAUGCUUUUCUGAACUACUUGACCGUUUAAUUUGAAUCCUAUUAAAAUAAAAUUAAGUGUUUCGCGUCGUCCUUCAUGUUUAAAGAAUUGUACCCAUCUUAGAAAUUCUGCCUGGGUAAUCAAACAUAUGAGCACAACUGUGUGUUUUCUAAUUUAUUAAAUAAAAGUAGGGCUGUAAAUUUCAAAAUAAGAGCAAGUAAAUUUAAAAAAGGAUUACGUGUUCAAAUAAAGUGCUUAACUUCAGAAUAAUUCUUAAAAACUAACAAAACACAGAUACUUCAUGAUUUGAUCAUAUAGGGUAGAAACAAAAUCAUGCAUUGUAAAAAUGCAUUAUACAUAGGUAGAAGGGUUUUCCAGAAUUUUGAGGUCAACUGGGGGUGCAUAUUAUACAUGGGUGCACAUUAUACACGAGAAAUUACGGUAUGUACAGGGGGUCCUCAGUUUAUGACAGAGUUACGUUCUUACAAUGGCGACAAUGGUAACAUGAAUUUGUAGGUAAAUUGGAAUGCGCCAUAGUCUAUCACUAACCUAUGCUAAUGCAGUAGUGAAGUCAUAAAAUAAGAAAUCUGUAUAAAAACAUUUUCAACCCAUAAGAAUGAAAACAAUUGUAACCUCAAAACGUAUGGCUGUCGUAAAUGGGGGACCCCCUCUAAUCUAUUUUGUUACUGUUAAUGCUUUUUACUGUUUUGGCGGCCAGAGAUGAGUCACUGCUACACUGGGAAAUGUUUCUGUCCUCCACUAGCUGCACACAUCAGAAUUAUAUUCAUCACAAGCAAAUUCACAUACAAUCAUUGUGGCACCACAAAGUGACAAGGAUAGACAAAAAAAGGUCUGGACCUGAUCCACCUUGUCUGUAGAGGCUUCUUGUCAAUGCUUUUUGUCUACCAGUCAUCUUUGAACGUGAAUGUAAAAGCAAGAAUGUAUCGUAGCACACACAUGGACAAGUAAGUACAUGAUAGUUCCAUGAAACGUAUACUUGAAGUUCCUUGCAAAACUGCAUCCCAGUCCUGCACUAUCCAUUUUCUGUACAUUGUAUUCUAUUUAGGAUGAGAUGGAAGCGAGAAUCCUAAUAUCCGAGAUGACCGAGGAUGAGCCCCCUGGCUUUAUCUCAAUCAGCGCUGGCUUCAAACUUUCAGGGAUUCUUAUGUAUUUUUUUUUUAAACUGAUUUUGAAUGAUUGUCAGAACUUUCCAUAGUUUUUUUUAGGUGUUUGGGUUCAAUGAUUUUGUUGUGUGGGAAUCAAAUUAUUAUUAUUUUUUUAAAUUAUUGAUUACAUUUUUCUUUUCACUUUAAUCUGGUACUGUUCCUGUCAGCAGUACAAGGCCAAUCUCGUUUCAUCUUUGUCAUGACACUUUUCGUAAUGUUUAUUCCGCCAUUACAAGUGCUAAUGUCUGUGAUUCAUAAAUGAGUACAUAAUGCAGAUUAGACUUGAUUUAAGCGUGUUGCUGCCCUAAUUAUUUUGGAUAUAGACUAUUGUAUAGUCUCUAGCUCCAAUCAGUAAGGCCUCUAAAUUAUUAUUUUCGGAAACAUUUUUACCUGUUAUAGUAGCAAAAGCACUAUUUUCAGAUGGGUACAACAAGACAUUCAAGCAAUUAUGUUACUAUAUUAUACAGCCCUAAUUUCCCUGUGUUGGCGUACAAAGUUGUAAAGGUCCUUUUUUUGUCACUUUUUUUUUUAAAGCCACAUCUUGUAUUCUGAAUGCACAUUACAGUCUCCUCAUGGCAUUA